AUGAAAGAAGAAUUGAAUAUUCAGGAUAAAGACUCAGAAGUACUACUGAAUAUUCAAGACAAAGAGUUUGAAGAACUAUUAACGUAUGAUAAUGCAGAAGAUUUCUCCAAUGCAAAUAGUACAUCUGAUAAAGUUGCGAAUACAGAAGCGGAUACAGAAGAGGAUGCGAAACUUUUUCUUGAUCCGGUCACUUCCUCGUUAACUCAUCUUUUUUGGAUGAGCCCUGAACAACACAUUUUAUGGUUAUGCUACCAUGAUGUAAUAAUGCAUAAUAAUACCUGCAAAACCAAUCAUUAUAAUCAUCUACUGUCUCUCUUUAUCACCCCUAAUAAUAAUUUGAAAACAAGAAUUGUGACCCAAGCGAUUGUUGAUGAUAAAAGUCAACUUUCAUAUGAGUGGGUUUUUCGAUGUGUAAAAGACGCAACUAGCAUAUCUCUAAAAGUAUUUAUUAUGGAUGGUGAUCUAACAAUUGAAGGUAUGGUUUUAACGGAAUUUUCUAGUACUUAUCAUAUAUAUUAUAUAUGGCACAUAAGUCAGAAUUUACCUAAAAGAUUAAAAGGAGAGCUUGAUUCAAGUUUUAGUAACUUUAUGAAAGACUUUUUUAAGUCAAAAAAUAGUUUAACAAAAACUCAAUUUAAUGAGAGAUGGGAGAUGUUAUUGCAAAAUUACUCAAAGGCAAAAGAUUAUUUAAUGCGAUCUUUAGGAAACAAUCCUCAAUCAUGGGCAUAUGCAUUUACGAAUCAACAUUUUACUGCUAGGGUACAGUCCACUUCUCAUAAUGAAGACAAAAAUUCAACGUUAAAGUGGCUUUUCAGAAGUGCAAACCUUUCAUUAUGUGAAUUAUUUGACGUAAUGGAGAAAAGAUAUCAAGAAGAAAGUGACUAUUGCGAACCAGUAGUACUACAAUUAAAGGAAUUUGUAAUGCCGAAUAUUAUGAAAAAUCAAGAAGAACAAAUGAAUCUAAGCCUUUAUUAUCAUGCUAUGGAGGUUGAGCCUGAAGUUGUAUUCUCUAAAGAGAAGUAUAAAGAUACAUUACAAGAAUUUGAUAUAUCAAAUAAUGCAUUCGUUUCAGUCUCUCCCUUUAAUGUAUUAAUAUUAAAAAUAUCUAAAACUAUCUCAAAGAAACGUAAAUUCGGUGAACUUUGGGGAUUGAGAAAGAAGGUGAUGGUUGAUGUAAUUGAAGAUAAUAAUGAGGAUAAUUAUCAUGAAUUUCUUGAAGUCUUUUUAUCGUUACAAAAAAAAAUCACAACAAAGAAUUAUUGGCCAAAGGGUUGUCCCAAAUCCAAGAGGGUUAAAAGUUCCUUAAAGCAACCUAGUGUUAAAACUCAAUAUAAAUGCAAAUUAUAUAAACAAAGGAGACAUAACAGCAAGACUUGUAAAGAACAAGAACAAUUAAAUACUAACGUUAAUAAAGAGAACAUUGAUGAUGAAAGCCAAGAGGAAUGA